AUGGCUUCUGCUGCUGGACAAGCAUCCAAAUUCCAACGUUUCCUCAAUGCCGAAACAGGCCCCAAGACCGUGCAUUUCUGGGCCCCAGUGUUCAAAUGGAGUUUGGUUAUUGCUGGUUUGAACGAUAUCCAAAGACCCGUGGAGAAGUUAUCUGGAACCCAGCAGUUGGCUCUUUUCGCCACCGGUGCCAUCUGGACCCGUUGGGCUGGUUUUGCCAUCAGACCUAGAAACUAUCUUUUGGCUUCCGUGAACUUCUUCCUUGGCGGUGUAGCUGGCUACCAGCUCACAAGGAUUGUGAACUAUAGAAGAGCGCAGGGCGACAACACCAGCCAGGUCUUCCACUAUAUAUUCAACGGCGAGCCAGCCACCAACACGGAGCCAGAGAAGGCUUAG